CUCCCGCCCCGCCGGGCCGCCCCGUCGCGCCCCCAGCUCUGACCGCGGCCACCGUGGAGCGCCGCCGCCGCCGCCCCGCGACUUGCACCCGGAGCUGGAACUAUGGGAUGUAUAAAAUCAAAAAGGAAAGACAAUCUGAAUGACGAUGGAGUAGAUUUGAAGACUCAACCAGUACGUAAUACUGACCGCACUAUUUAUGUGAGAGAUCCAACGUCCAAUAAACAGCAAAGGCCAGUGGCAGACUCUCAGCUUUUACCAGGACAGAGGUUUCAAACCAAAGAUCCCGAGGAGCAAGGAGACAUCGUGGUGGCUUUGUACCCCUAUGAUGGCAUCCACCCGGAUGACUUGUCAUUCAAGAAAGGGGAGAAGAUGAAAGUCCUGGAGGAGCACGGAGAGUGGUGGAAAGCGAAAUCCCUUUCAACCAAGAGAGAAGGCUUCAUCCCCAGCAACUACGUGGCCAAAGUCAACACCUUGGAAACAGAAGAGUGGUUUUUCAAGGACAUAACCAGGAAAGAUGCUGAAAGGCAGCUUUUGGCGCCAGGGAACAGCCCCGGAGCUUUUCUUAUCAGAGAAAGUGAAACAUUAAAAGGAAGUUACUCUCUGUCGGUCAGAGAUUACGACCCGGUGCAUGGAGAUGUUAUUAAGCACUACAAAAUCAGAAGCCUGGACAAUGGGGGUUAUUACAUCUCCCCACGAAUCACUUUUCCUUGUAUCAGUGACAUGAUUAAGUAUUACCAAAAGCAGUCGGAUGGCUUGUGCAGAAGAUUGGAGAAGGCGUGCAUUAGCCCCAAACCACAGAAGCCAUGGGACAAAGAUGCGUGGGAGAUCCCCCGGGAGUCCAUUAAGCUGGUGAAGAGGCUCGGCGCUGGGCAGUUUGGGGAAGUCUGGAUGGGUUACUACAACAAUAGCACCAAAGUGGCUGUGAAAACCCUGAAGCCAGGCACGAUGUCGGUGCAGGCCUUCCUGGAGGAGGCCAACCUCAUGAAGACUCUGCAGCACGACAAGCUGGUGAGGCUGUACGCCGUGGUCACCAAGGAGGAGCCCAUCUACAUCAUCACCGAGUACAUGGCCAAGGGCAGCUUGCUGGACUUCCUGAAGAGCGACGAAGGGGGCAAAGUGCUGCUUCCGAAGCUGAUUGACUUCUCUGCUCAGAUCGCAGAGGGAAUGGCUUACAUCGAGAGAAAGAACUACAUUCACCGGGACCUUCGAGCUGCCAACGUCCUGGUCUCCGAGUCCCUCAUGUGCAAAAUCGCAGAUUUUGGCCUCGCCCGCGUCAUUGAAGAUAACGAGUACACAGCGAGGGAAGGUGCUAAAUUCCCCAUUAAGUGGACGGCUCCAGAGGCCAUCAACUUCGGAUGCUUCACUAUUAAAUCUGACGUGUGGUCCUUCGGAAUCCUGCUGUAUGAGAUCGUCACCUACGGGAAGAUUCCCUACCCAGGGAGAACUAACGCGGACGUGAUGGCCGCCCUGUCACAGGGCUACAGGAUGCCCCGUAUGGAGAACUGCCCCGAUGAGCUCUAUGACAUCAUGAAGAUGUGCUGGAAAGAGAAGGCGGAGGAGAGGCCCACCUUCGACUACCUGCAGAGCGUCCUGGACGACUUCUACACGGCCACCGAGGGCCAGUACCAGCAGCAGCCCUAGCGCGGGGACUCGGCCACUCCCGGGACGGCGGCCUCCUCCACCAGGAACAGAGAGCAGCCCCUGGUCCUCGGUUCAUUUCCUGAGCUGGGGGCACCUGCCGUCCCUGCUUCCCUCACGUGAGGCGAAGCUACUCAGGAAGAACUCUCUCCACGGGAAAGGAUUCUCCUCUCGGGCCAGGGCCUGCCAGGGUGCCCCCCGAGAGCAGACUGGCUCGGCUGGACCCACAUCUGGGCACAGGCUUCUGAGGAGAAAGCACCAGACCCACCCAAGGGCGCCCCGGUCAGCUCUUGUUGACAAGAGGCUGUGCUCCCCCCAGGUUCAGAGACCCGUCCAGUAAACCCCCGUUAGGAGAGAACUAAACUCACUGAUCAGCAUCAAAUAACCUGAUACCUUUUAUGACACUUUUUUGUAUUUUCUCUGUGCUUUAGCUUAUGUGUUAAAAACAAAAAAUUACUAAUCUCUGUUAGAGUUUGCAAAAGUGACGUCCGGAGCUUUGGUGUCUUUCCCAGAUUUCAGUCCGAGACUGUUAAACAUUGCCCAUGGCGGAGACCAGCCUGGAACCCCAGCCGGGAAGAAGCGUCCUCUGCAAGUGGGCAGGGCUGCCGUGCUAAGUGACACGGCCCGCCCCAAGCCACUGGGGCCUCUGCCCAGACCCCCCUGACCCUGCCCCGGAAAAGAGCUGCAGAAACUACUCGGCCGUUAAGAAGAAAGAUUUUUAAAGGUCCAGCUUUUCAAUUCCACACUUUUCCGUAUAUGGACUUUUUUGGACCAUGUAGUUUGGAAGAUUUUAAUCCCUGCAGAACAUUCUAGGACCUUACAAAACAUGAGCAUUUUCUUUAUUGCUUCCAGUGAUUUUGAACAUUAUUUUAAUGAUCAAAUAUUAAUUUUAGUCAUACUCUAGAAAGUCAACGUGCCAUAUUUGAGGGCACUUUUGUGAUUCAGCAAUCUUUUCUAAAUUGUGUGACGUGUAUGUGAGACUAUUUAUAUGAGGAAAUGAAGGGAAAGAAAUGAGUAGGGGGCUCAUUACCGAGCCCCUGGAGCAGGGACCACGAGAGGUUUUUCUAUUACAUUUUUCUACUCUAAGCUUUGAAUGGAGAUGCUCUGUCACAUGUUCCACUUAUGCUUUGUGUAUAUACCUAAUAUUUCUAUUUUUUGAUUUUAUUUUAAUACACCUGGCCCAAUAACAUCUCAA